AUGGACCGGCUGGCCUUUUGCUGCCUGCUCUUCAUAGGACUCUUGAACCCACUCCUGUCCCUUCCGGUCACUGACACAGGUGAAAGGUCUCUUCGGCUUCCAGUGCUCGAAGAAGAUGCUCGCCUGGUGCUGGAGGAGCUGGAGAGGACCGCCCUCCUGCAGACACUGCAGCCAACAGUGGGCACAGAGGCAGGUGAAGGCCUCAGGGAAGCAGAUGCCAGUGCUGAUACUCCCACCCUGAGGGGAAGCCCGAGGAAGGCUUUCUCUGGGCAAGAUUCUAACACUGUACUGAGUCGUCUUCUGGCAAGAGCCAGGAAACAACACAAGCAACACAGGGUUGCCUCUGAAUGCUUCUGGAAAUACUGCAUUUGA